GAUGACUUCCGCUUUCAUUUCAAGAUGGCUGCUCCCACAUGUAAACAUGCGAUGUGUCUCCGGGUUGGCAUGCUGGAAUUAUAAGUUCGUUUUAGAAAGGUGCUUGUUUAUACCAUAUGCGGUAGAAGGAAAAGUUAUAUUUAAGGUCGUAGAGUCUGUUUCUAAAUUCAUACCUUGUAGUCAAUAGCUCGUGGUACCAACACCGUUUUCCAUCAUGGGUAGCCAUACGUUGUUCGUCAAAUCUUUGCCCGAUUCGGCGUCAAAUGAACGUCUUACAGAGAUCUUUUCCGAGAUCGGACCUGUAAAGCAUUGCUUCGUUGUCAACGAAAAGGGGACUAAACAAUGUCGGGGAUUUGGAUACGUCAUGUACGCCAUGGAGGACGAUGCACUACAAGCAUUGAAAGAAGUCAAAAGUUACGACGGGAAAAGGAUAUCUGUGUCAAUUGCAAAGAAGAAGAAACACGAUAAAAAGAGGCCAGUUCCCAAAGGACCACCUCCGAAAGAGGGGGAAGAGAAAGAGGGACCCCCAAAAGAGACGCAGAAGAAACCCCUGAAAGAGGGACCCCCAAAAGAGACGCAGAAGAAACCCCUGAAAAUAGAACCCCCAAAAGAGACCCCAAAGAAAGCCCCGAAAGAGCGACCAGCGAAACCCCUGGCAGAGGCACCCCCAAAACAGGGACCCCCAAAAGAGCAACCACAGAAAUGCGGGAAAGAGGAAUCCCCGAAAGAGGGAACCCCGAAACAGCAACAACCGAAAGAGGAAGCCCCCAAAGCUCAACCUCCAAAGGAAGAGGAGCCCACAUUUAAAGGCAUUCGAAAAAGUGCACUGAAAUCCAAACUCAUCAUCAGAAAUAUCAGUUUUAAGUGCUCCGAAGAUGAUCUGAAGCAGACUUUUUCCGCAUUUGGGGAAGUUCUCGAAACCAAAAUCCCUCUGAAAGCUGAUGGAAAGAUGCGUGGUUUUGGAUUUGUCCUGUUCAAAAAUAUGUCGGGAGCAGGGAAAGCCCUCAAAGCUAUGAACAUGAAGGAGAUAAAAGGGCGUCAGGUAGCGGUGGACUGGGCCAUACCGAAGGAUAAGUUCCUCGCCACCCAACCAGAAGUUCCUAAGAAAAAGGAAGAUCCGGUGAAAGACGAACCGGAGAAAGACGAAGCGGAGAGCGCCUCUGAGGACGAGGGCGGCACGGAGAAGCAAGCGGCGCCCAAGAAAGGAGCCCUCUCCAAAAAGGCUGCAAAGCAGCUGAAGGAGGCCUCUUCAGACGAUGAAGAGGAUAGUGACAAUGGAGAAGAGAGUGAGGAGGAGGCAGAUGAGGAGGAUGGCGGGUCUCAAGAGAGUGGAGAUGAGGAUGAUGACAACAGUAGCUUCGAUAGUGACGAGGAGGAUUAUGAGGAUGACGAUGAUGAAGAUGAUGAUGACAGCGAUGAUGAUCUAGAUCGUAAGCCGAGGAAACCCCUCCCUUCAGAUGUGAACGAGGGCAGAACGAUCUUCAUCAGGAACCUCUCCUUCGACACUGAGGAGGAAGCUCUGGAGGAGGCGCUCUUGCGUUUCGGGGAACUGAACUACAUCAAGAUAGUUCUUCACCCAGACACGGACCAUUCCAAAGGUUGUGCAUUUGCCCAGUUUAAACGUAAAGAAUCUGCGGAAAAGUGCAUUGCAAUGACCCAAGAUGAUGCAGAGAAUGGCGGCGUCCGCGUCGACGGCCGGAGGCUGAUCGUCUCAGCGGCGGUGAGCCGGGAGAGUGCAGCCCAACUCAAAGACAAGAAGGUGAAGGUGGAGACCGGGGCCAGGAACCUCUACCUAGCGAGAGAAGGAUUAAUUCGUGCUGGAACCAAGGCUGCAGAGGGAGUGCCUGAAGCAGACAUGGUCAAACGAACCCGGUUUGAGGAGGUUAAGAGAACCAAGCUCCGAGACAUUAAUGUGUACGUGUCGAAGACUCGACUCUGUGUCCAUAACCUACCCAAGUCGGUGGACAAUACAAAACUGAAGGACAUCUGUUUUCAAGCUUUAAGCAGAGCAAGAGGAGUUCGCAUCCCCGAGUGCAGGGUGAUGUAUGACAGGAAACCAGAGAAGGGCAAGGCCAUGGGCCUGUCUCUAGGAUACGGCUUUGUCGAGUUCCAGUGCCCAGACCACGCUCUCAGCACCCUCCGCCACCUCAACAACAACCCGGACAUCUUCGGCCCCACCAAGAGACCUAUCGUCGAAUUUUCCCUGGAGGACGGAAGGAAACUGAAAUUAAAGGAAGCAAGACAACUUAAAAACAAGGAACACUUCAAAAACGGACCUCGUAAAGGUGGAGUGAAGAUUCAGUUCAAAUCACAACCAGGAAGUGGAGAGAAGAUUCAGCCCAAACCGGGAGUUGCAGUGAAGAUUCAGCCCAAACCGGGAGUUGCAGUGAAGAUUGAGCCCAAACCGGAAGUUGCAGUGACGAUUGAGCUACAACCUGGUGAUGCAGUGAAGGUUCAACCCCAACCUGGUGAUGCAGUGAAGGUUCAACCAAAGACUGGAUGUGUGGUGAAGUUUAAGACGGAACCUGGAGCUGCAGCUAGCCUGCAGCCGGCCGGCCAGAACAACACAGUGCAAGCCAAACGGAAAAUGGAUACUCCUGAAGCCAAGCACUUCUCUGGAUUCCUGACCAAGCCGGAGGUGGAAUACGUAGAACUGGAGGACGGAAAGAAGAAGCGGAAGACUCUGCCCUUCCCGUCACACAGGGGGCCUAAGAUCAGGCUGCGUGAUAAAGGUAAACAGCAGGCUCCUCCCAAGAAACCUAAAGGUCACACCAGCAGGAAGGACCGCCAGGCUCCUUCGAUGGUACAGAAACCCCCACAGUCCAGGCCACAGGAUGAUGAGUUGGAUGACACUGCACAGGUCUGGAACACACACACCAUCAGGCCAUCGAACAACCUUAACCUCCCCAGCGGUCGGCCCAACGUGAUGUUUGCAUUACCUGAACUCUAUGGGACAAGAGACUUCCUUUCCCAAAAUGAAUGUAUCUUUCGCCAGACCGAAGCGUUUGAUCCAGAUCUAUAUGAACUAAGCAACAUCCUUGUGGCUGAUUCCAAUCUCCCUCUAGCAACAGAUCCAUAUCAGGCAGUGGAUUUGUACAUGCACCUCAGAGAGGCCAUCAGGGCAUCUGUGUAGGUCAGACGUGUUUAGUUGUGUCGAGCUUCGAAGUGGCAGGAUUUUUUGGUCACAUAAGUAAUUCACCUUGCUGUCCUUUUCCUUUAUAAGUUUCCUUUAUGGCGCGUUUCCACUGCAGGGUG